CCCAAACCAUUCUCAUUCUGUUCAGUGUUUUGAGUCUUUUGCUUUUGCAUUCUGUCCUCUUCAGUUUGAGGCUUUUCUGAGUUAGUGAGUUGAAGUAGAAGUAGCUGUAGAGAGAAAGAAAGAAAUACCCGUCUUCUUUCUUUUGCGUUUUGUUUGUUAUUUGCUUAACAAGAAUCGGUUUCUCUGUUCCUUCAUGCCCUUUGCACCAGUUCCUUCAUAACUAGAGACUAAAACUAGCAAAAUAACAAUACCCUUGUUGAGUUUUUUCCAAGUUGACAACAAGAUAAUAUUAAAAAACAGCUAAAGGUGGGUGGUCAAAACAAAGAGGAGAAGAAGAAGAAAAUGAAGUACGUUUUGGUGACUGGUGGAGUUGUCAGUGGUCUUGGUAAAGGUGUCACUGCUAGCAGUGUUGGAGUGCUUCUUAAAGCAUGUGGACUUAGAGUUACUUCCAUCAAAAUUGAUCCGUAUAUAAACACUGAUGCUGGAACUAUGUCCCCUUUUGAGCAUGGUGAAGUAUUUGUAUUAGAUGAUGGUGGCGAGGUGGACCUUGACCUUGGUAACUAUGAGCGGUUCCUCGAUAUCAAGUUAACUAGAGAUAAUAAUAUAACUACUGGAAAGAUUUACCAGCAUGUUAUCAACAAGGAAAGAAGGGGAGACUAUUUGGGGAAAACUGUUCAGGUUGUCCCUCACGUUACGGAUGCUAUCCAAGAGUGGAUUGAGCGAGUGGCAAAGAUACCAGUGGACGGAAAGGAAGGUCCAGCUGAUGUUUGUGUCAUAGAACUUGGAGGAACUAUAGGAGACAUUGAAUCCAUGCCGUUUAUUGAGGCUUUAGGGCAGUUUUCGUACCGUGUAGGUCCUGGCAACUUUUGCUUGAUUCAUGUCAGCCUUGUGCCGGUUCUAAACGUUGUUGGUGAACAAAAGACAAAACCAACCCAGCACAGUGUUCGGAAACUUAGAGGCCAGGGUUUGACACCAAAUAUCUUAGCUUGUCGCAGCACAACGGCGCUUGAUGAGAAUGUGAAGGCAAAACUCUCUCAAUUUUGCCAUGUUCUGAAAGAAAAUGUCCUCACUCUCUAUGAUGUUACCAACAUCUGGCACAUUCCCUUGCUUUUGAAAGAUCAGAAGGCACACAAGGGAAUUCUUAAAGCUCUGAAUCUACCAAGUAACAAGGAACCUUCUCUAAAGGAAUGGACUUCAAGGGCUACAAAAUUUGACACAUUAUAUGAGCCUGUCAGAAUUGCCUUGGUCGGGAAGUAUACAGGCCUUUCGGAUUCCUAUCUCUCAGUACUGAAGGCUCUUUUACAUGCUUCAGUUGAACUCGGCAAGAAACUUAUUGUAGAUUGGGUUCCAGCUUGUGAUCUUGAAGAUUUAUCUGCUAAAGAGAAUCCUGAUUCUUACAAGGCUGCAUGGAAGCUGUUGAAGGGUGCAGAUGGUGUUCUUGUUCCCGGAGGCUUUGGUGACAGAGGAGUGCAAGGCAAAAUUCUUGCAGCGAAGUAUGCCAGGGAAAACAAUGUUCCUUACCUUGGCAUUUGUCUUGGCAUGCAAAUUGCUGUUAUUGAGUAUGCACGAUCUGUUCUUGGCCUGCGAGAUGCUAACAGCACUGAAUUUGAUGUCAACACCAAAAAUCCCUGUGUUAUAUUUAUGCCUGAGGGCUCAAAAACUCAUAUGGGAGGCACCAUGCGGCUUGGAUCAAGAAGAACAUAUUUCCAAGUCAACGACUGUAAAUCUGCAAAAUUAUAUGGAAACAAAAGUUUCAUUGACGAGAGACAUCGUCAUAGAUAUGAGGUGAAUCCUGAUAUGAUAUCAACCUUUGAAAAUGCUGGUCUCUCUUUCACUGGCAAGGAUGAAACUGGUCGACGCAUGGAGAUUGUUGAGCUGCCUAAUCAUCCCUACUACAUUGGUACCCAAUUUCAUCCUGAGUUUAUAUCGAGACCCGGAAAACCAUCUCCGUUGUUCUUAGGGCUUAUAGCAGCAUCAUGUAGGCAGUUGGAUACCCUGAUAACUGCAAGCGCCUCCACCAAGGUCGCCAACGGUGUGGCAACGAAGAAAGUACGCCAAAAUGGAAAAACUAAAAAGCCUGCAAAAAAUUUAUCUGGUGCUGUAUAUGGUUACUGCAAUGGUGUGCAUGAUGAAGGCAAUACUUGCCAUUGGUUGUAGGAUCUUGUUUCGGUUUUCAUUCGUUGUUGUUUUCUUUUUUCAGUUUUAUUUAAGCGAUUCCAACUGCGAGUCGAUUGAGGGGUUUAAGUAGUAUCUUAGGAUGAUUGCUCUAUACAGCCGUUUAAGGGUAGGUGUUAUGGCUUGCCUGUGAAACGAGUGCAGACAGACAGAAGAGAGCUGAGUUCCAAGCUUUUUAAAUGGAACCACAGCCUGUUGUAUUUCGUAGUUGUUUUAUUUUAGCCUUUCUCAGCCUCAUGCCUAAGGGCAAGUGCUUGUAUUAACAGUUGUACUGCAAUGAAAAAGUUAAAUCAAAUUCUCAUUUCUUGUCGAGCUCA